UGAGGUAAAUGUGUAUCCAAUGUUUAAUUGUGCUUUUUACGCUAAAUGAGAAGCAGGUGUAUAUAUACAAAUGUCACCAUGCAGUUGGUCUGCCCGUUAAGCCUGAGGUUGAAGAAUCAUGUUGUCAAUCAACCGUACGGGAACCUUUCCAUCUCCCAAACCGCAAUCCUCUCCAGGCUUAGUCUCCUCCAGAGGGGCCAUCUUAAAGGCAGUACUUAGAACAGCCCCCUUCUUAGGAUCGACGAGGUCGAGCUCCUCCAAACUCUCAGGAUCGGCGAGGGAGAUGUAGUCAACUUCGUACAGCGCCCGCUCUGACGGGGGGAGCGAUUGCUGCUCGGACAGUACACGCUCAGCAAUACUGCGAGCAGCACCCAAAAUAUCAUCACGAGAGGUCUUGCCUGCCUGAUAUGCCUCCACUGCAGCACUCAAGGCUUUGUGAAGGGUGAGUCCCACGAUCCGCCUGCGAGCUCCGAGAUAAACAUUCCGGGAACUUAAGGCCAGGCCGUCAGCUUCGCGGGCAGUUGCAACAAUCCGUACCUCAGUGUCAAUGAGGAAGUCUUUGACCAUCCGUUUGAUGAUCACUGACUGUUGCACAUCCUUCUGGCCAAAGUAGACACGAUCAGGCGUGGUCGCAUUGAAUAGCUUCAUGCAGACUGUCGCAACACCGCGGAAGAAAACCGGGCGUGAGACACCUUCAAGCUUUCUCGAAAGAGGUGUGAUGGUGACGAAUGAGCCGUGCCCGUCGAUUUCCGACGAAGGUGGCAAUGUAGGGUACAUGACCUUCGAGGUCGGGGCGAAGAUGGCCGUAAUUCGUCCCGUGCCGGCACCCAAACUACCGAGCUCUUCAUUGAGUUUCUUUAGUUUCUUGACGUCACUAUCCCAAGUGCGAGGAUAGCUUGAAAGGUCUUCGUUGAUGCCAAACUGGGUCGGGUUGACGUAGAUGCUCACGAAGACGUCAGUGUUCUCUCGGGCGGCCUCUCGAAUCAACGACAGAUGGCCUUCAUGAAGGGCGCCCAUCGUGGGAACGAAUCCGAUAGUGCGAUCAUUUUGAAUUAAUUUCCGGCGCAAUUGGCGAAGUUCAGGUACGUCACGGAAGACUUGGAACGAGGUCGGUUGACGAGCCGAUCGUGCGGCAGCCGCCGAAGCGUCCGCAAGUAGCGAAGAGGCCGCAGCUAGGGAAUGGAGGAGAGGAGGUAAGCUUAUAAGCCUGAGUGACGCAGCUGGUACAUACUGGAGAAGGACUUUACGCCGUUCACCAAGCGGGACAUGGUGAUGAUCGAAAUGGGGUCGGAUGCUGCUUUUAGCUGGAGCCCACUAGCUUCCAACGUCCGCGGCCAAGCGGAGAUGCACGACUUAACCCGUCACAACACGUGAUUUCGGCCGAGGCUAAGAGAGGGUCGGGGAACCCGUGAUCUCGUGGAGUAUAUUCCGGGGUUGAUCGUCCGUUUUGUUGGGACUUUGGAGCUAUGGCCUUGUCCCGCUCUUCAUCUCUCCUCUCCUGGCUAGAUCUUGCCGUUCUGUUUCAACUUAUAUUUGUCAAUGACCCGGUGCUUCUCCUACCUAUGAACCAACAGCGACUUUAACCCCCUCGGAAGGCCCUCCCCCCACUCCCCUUCCUUGUGGCUUGUACCCACCAUGGCGCCUCCCAAAUCAGCCAUCAGCGACGAGCAUUCUGCCCCGGACCUAGAAAUUGUCGGCAAGCAGGUCACCAUUCAUCCCUCUGGCUUCACGGGCGGGCCCGAUUCUCAACAUGACACGAUUACCGAACGAAACCUCGUGCGCCAUAUGGCGCGAUUCCGUGCAAACCCCCUCGAUUUCCUUCGCGAAGUGAGCUUGUACAUGUCGGGUACCGGCUGGCGCGCAUAUGAUAAUGUGAUUGGACAACCUAUCUUCUACUCAGGCUUCGGCGAGAGGAUGAAAGCUGCCAUCCUGGCCAGUCCAAUGUUGCAGGACAAGGUCAGAGAGCUGGCCAGUACUCGGCUUUCCGUGGAGGAAAAGGAAGGCUUGGUUGCGAUUAAAGAAGGCGCAAACAUGGAUGAGAAACGAGCGCGACGCCGACAUGAGCUCGAGAGCGGUCUUCGUGAAGUGGUGGAUACUAUGAUGGACCAAAUGAUUUGCAAGAUGGAAAGCAAGACCUUCAUUCGAGGCGCAUACUACAUGUGCACUCAACUCCUGACUCGAGCCUAUCACCAGGGUAUCCACGUAUCCAGUGAAGAGGUUCUGCGUCUACGUUCCGUAGCAGAGACUGCUGCGAAGAACAAGCAGUCUAUUGUGUUUCUCCCGUGCCACAAGUCUCACGUGGACUAUGUCUCUCUCCAGCUCAUCUGCUACCGCUUGGGAAUUGGUCUUCCGGUUGUCGUCGCUGGCGACAACCUCAACAUUCCUCUAUUGGGCCCAUUCUUGCAGCAUGCAGGUGCCAUGUGGAUUCGACGCAGCUUCGGAAAUGAUCCACUCUAUCAUACCGUAGUUCAAGCUUACAUUGAUACCCUUCUUCAACAAGGGUUCAACUUCGAAUGUUUUAUUGAAGGCGGCCGAUCCCGGACAGGCAAGCUUCUUUCACCCAAAUUUGGUAUCUUGAACUUCAUCGUUGAGAGCGUGUUAUCUGGUCGCGUCAAGGACACCAUCAUUUGUCCCGUUAGCACGCAGUACGACAAGGUUAUUGAGACAGAAUCCUACAUUAGCGAACUUCUAGGUCAGCCUAAGCAGAAAGAGAACCUGGCGGAUCUCCUGUCGUCUUCUUCAGUUCUAUCUUUGAAACUAGGCCGGGUCGAUGUUCGGUUUCACGAACCCUGGAGUUUGCGAGAAUUUUUGUGCCAGCAGCUUUCCCGACUUAACCUCUCGGGUAUUGGCAGCGAUUUGAAGCUUGCCCAUGCCGAACGCGGUCGAAUCCUCAGAACAUUAGGAUAUCGUGUCCUGUCCGAAAUCAACGAUGUUUCAGUAAUGAUGCCACCUGCGCUUGUCGGGACUGUACUAUUGACACUUCGGGGUCGUGGUGUCGGCAAGGGCGAGUUGGUGAGGCGAUUGGAUUGGCUUUGUGACCGCGUGCGAGCUAAAGGUGGCCGGGUUGCCCACUUCUAUCGCUCACCGACAGAAACGGUGGUUGAUCGUGCUCUCGAUGUGCUUGGACCUAAGCUAGUUGGUGUGAUCUCAGGAUUGGUAGAACCCACCUACUAUGCCGUUGAUCGCUUCCAACUAUCUUUCUAUCGCAACAUGCUCAUCCAUCUCUUCAUUACUGAGGCUUUGGUCUCUGUUGCGAUGUACACGAAGAUCAAGCAAGGCGGUGGACCUACUAACCAGCGUAUCACCUUUGAAGCGCUGAAGGCCCAAGUCUCAUUCCUUUCGCAGCUCUUCCGCGGUGAAUUUAUUUUCCCUCCUGAGGGGUUGAUUGUCAAUUUGGAAAAGACAUUGCACAGCCUGGAGGCGGAUGAUGUGAUUAGCAUUACCCGGGACAGCUCUGGCGUUCCACAAUACGUUGAGCUGAGCGAGGCUGAGCGAACAUGCGGCCGAGAGAACUACGAUUUCUAUUGCUUCUUAAUCUGGCCCUUCAUUGAAGCCUCGUGGCUCGGUGCUGUGUCUCUCGUGGGGCUCACUCCUCCCCUGGAUGGACUUCGGGACAUCUGGAUAGACAACAAGAAGGCACAGGACAGUGCCCAGCUGCUUGGCAAGACUCUUUAUCACCAGGGAGACCUUUCCUAUUUCGAAGCCGUCAACAAGGAAACCCUCAAGAAUUCUUAUCAACGCUUUGAGGAGGAAGGAAUUAUUCUCGUGUCCAAGAACAAGGAGUCUCGCGCUGGCCCAUCACUGAGACUCGCCCCAGAGUGGACACCGGAGCGAGAUCCACAUACUGGAAAGGUGCUUCCCCGCGGGCGUCUAUGGGACUUUACCGAGUUGAUCGCCCAAUCACGUCGCGAAGGUAAAAAUCGCCGUGACGGUGCAACAGUCUCGUCGCGGGUUUUAACCAUGUCAGACGUUGUUGGACGGCAACUAUUCUUCAACGCCGCAGCCCCAGCACCUGCCGAUGUAUCUUCUCGGCAGAUGCGUCGCAAGGCAAUUGGCACUGAGUCGAAACUUUAAGAUUUCCGCCUUUUUAUACGUACCUCCACACGUCCCUUUCGCACCGAUUGUGCUUUUGUUUUAACCUUGGUGUGAACGACUAUGGCAGUGACCCCUUCUCCUAUCAUUAUACCCCUCCACUGCUUCGUCGUCUGUCUUCACCCAAUACUUGUACAAACAUCAAUACAAUUUGAUGGACGGAGACUUGGCUUUUUCUUGUUGCCUUCAUUUGAUAUAUGUGUAUCUACUAAACUAACAUGAAAGCUUGUUGUGUAUUGAAGUAGCAGCCCUGCCCAAUAGUGACAGUAUCAGAUCUCGCGCCAUCGUUGACUCCAUCCACAGCCUCGACGAAAUCUGAUCCUUGUUUGGCA